UAAUUUAACGCCAAGAUGAAAGCUACAAUAGGCGCUCUUCUAUUGCUUUGCCAGCUGAUCAAUGUAAAUGUGGCACGACAGCAACAAGGCAACAUGAAUCGCAAUUCUUUAAUGAGCCAGGGACAAGCACCGAACUACCAACAUCCCAAUCUUAAUCCGGAUAGCCGAGAAGAGUUCCGAGUGCGACAACAAAUGUCUCUCGAUGUGCAAAAGUAUUUGAAUUUAAGUGUUAAUCCUUGUGAGGAUUUCUUUGAAUAUGCUUGCGGGAGAUGGCCAUCGUUUCACCAGCGAGAACUACAACGUCAGAGCAAUCUGACCACAGCUCAGCAGCUUGUUGAGAGUCACAUAGUGGAUCAAUUGCAACAACUGUUCGCGAAACCGUUGACAGAGCAACGUCACGGCUACAGUUCGGCCAGUACGUUGAGUGUCCGUAAAGUGCGAGAUUUCUACGAAUCGUGUAGGUCCGUGCCGGGUAACGCCAAGGAACGACGACGCUUUCUGAUGAAGAUACUCAGCGAUAAUGGGGGCCUCCGCAAUGUUCCCAACUCCAAUUGGCAACCGAAUCGGCCUUGGCUACAAACUCUGGCCGAACUGCGUCGCAACUAUGGUCUGGAUAUCUUGAUUGGCAUGGAAGUGGACCUUAAUCUACAGCAAAUGCGUGGCAAUAGCAUUUAUUUUGGGGAACCAAAGUUAACCAUUAUUCCGGCUGAGCACUGUAAUGUCAGGGUCACAAGGGGAGCGAAUAUUAAGGAUCAGGUAUAUGAAGAACUGCAACUACAAGUGGCCGCUAAUCUUAGGGAUUGGUUGGCAUUGAGUGAAAGCGAAUCCGAACGAAUGGCCGGUGAUGUAAUUAGCUUUGAGUUUGAGCUGUGCAAGCAUAUGGGAGCUCAUCAUUUUCAUACCAUGGGUCAGAAUCCCGUCACUCCAAUUAAUUAUGGAGCUCGGUCGCGCACUGGUCAGGAUCGAUUGCAAAGGCAAAGGGGCGGAUUAUCCCUAACCGACCUUACACUGGAAAAUGGCAAUAAAUUGGAUUUUAAAAUGUACGUGGAACUUGUGCUUGAAGGUCCCUACAAUGGAGUGGUGUUCCAACGCUCACAGGAUUACAUUAAACAUCUGGUGCUUACGACUAGGACCAAAAACGCCUACACUAUAGUUAGCUAUUUUAUGUAUGUUGCUCUGCAGGAACUCAAUCAACCCCCCGAGGAUCAUCCAACGCAACGUCUUCGACAAUGUGUCCAGGUGGUGCAACGCCUCUUUCCAGAGGUUGUGGGACACAUCUAUCAACAGGAAGUACAACGCGACGAUGCUAAAAGCGACCUAGAGCAGAUUUUUAGUGACCUGGUCAAGGCUUUUGAUCAACAACUACGGGUCGAAUGGAUGGAUGAGAAUGAUAGGAGAGCGGCCAGAACAAAGUUAUCCCAAUAUCGUAUCAUAUUUCCGGACUACCAAAGCCUGGAUUUGGCAGAGUUGCACUUUCAAAAGGAACACGAUUAUUGGCGUAAACUGGAGACGUCACUGCGUUAUCGAGCGCGCGAGAAACUGAAUCGUUUGCGUGGCAAUGAUUUUGGACAGGAUGCAGAUGGUCUUGUGGAAGGAUUUGAGGUACGUGCAGCUUUAGUAGCACGUCAACAGUCGGUUCUCGUGGGUUGGGGUCUAUUACAGAUGCCCUUCUACAGCUACUUUUAUCCGAAAGCCUUGAAAUACGCUUUACUUGGCCAACGUCUAGCAAGCGCCCUUAUAAGAGCCUUCGAUAACGAGGGUUGGAAUCAUUAUCCGCAAUCGACAUCGCCAUGGAACGAACUGACCAUGUCUGGAUAUCGUAAUGUCAGCGAAUGCCAACGUGUCCAAUAUAGCAACUAUUUGUACGAUCAUCCCGAAGAAUUUCGCAACAUCACUCGCCUGCGAGAGAUUAUGACCGAAUCAAGUGGCCUUAAUGUGGCAUUCAAUGCUUAUCUGGCUUGGCUAGAACAGCAACAAAAGUUACUCUACAGAGAGACACUGCCAGAAUUGGAUUACACAAAUACCCAGCUAUUUUUCAUUUACUUUGCCCAGACACGUUGCUGGGCAAGAUCUGUUGCCGUCGAUCAAGAGGAUCAGGAUGAAGAACAAGUAUCAUUGGAUCAAAUGCCAUUAGUUAAACACACACCUGAACGCUGGGAUAUCAAUGGCCCAUUGGCCAACUCGGAGGAGUUUGGAAGGGAAUUCAAUUGUGCUUUGGGCACACCCAUGAACAAUGGUGACAAGUGCCUGCUCUACUAAGAUUGGUUAAAGGCUAUAGUAACUAGUAUGUAUCUACUAAGAAGCUCUCAUUAAAUAAGCGACGCAAAACAAAAUAAAUGCAAGAACAAAUUU